CUCUCUCUCUCUCUCUCUCUCUCCAGUGUGUAUAUAUAUAAUAUAUAUGUAUAUAUAUGCCCAAAAGGUUUUAAAUUGUGAGGCCUAAAAAGAAGAAAGUCAGAAAUUCAAAUCUGGGUUUGAAUCUGUUGGUAAAGUAAGUGUGGGGGAAAAUGGUGAUCAUAACACAAGAAAUAAUCAAGCAGUUCCACACUUUGAUGGAAGAAAGUCAGCUUCUUUAGAACUCUCACUUCACAUUUAUCUGAUUUGGUCUUUUUUCUUGUUUGAAACUACAAAACACUAACAAUUCCUCUGUUUUCUUUGUUUUUAAAGUCGAUGAGCCGCUCAAAAACACCUUCAAGAAUAUUCAUCAAGGAUAUCCAACUGAAACUCUGGUGCGGUUUCUCAAAGCGAGGGAUGGGAAUGUUGCCAAAGCCCAUCAAAUGCUGGUUGAUUCUUUGAACUGGAGAAUACAAAAUGGAAUCGACAAAAUAUUGGCGAAACCAAUCAUCCCUGCUGAUUUGUAUAGAGCAGUGCGGGAUUCACAGCUUGUUGGAAUGUCAGGUUACUCAAAAGAGGGUCUUCCUAUCAUUGCUGUUGGAGUAGGACUAAGCACAUAUGACAAAGCAUCUAUUCACUACUAUAUUCAGUCACACAUCCAGAUGAAUGAAUAUAGGGACCGCGUGAUAUUGCCUUCUGCAACAAAGCAGUAUGGGCGGCAUAUCAGCACCUGUGUGAAGAUUCUGGAUAUGACUGGUCUAAAGCUUUCUGCACUGAACCAAAUUAAGUUAUUGACAGCUAUAUCUACCAUCGAUGACCUGAACUACCCAGAGAAGACAGAUACAUAUUAUAUUGUUAAUGUCCCUUACAUAUUUUCGGCAUGCUGGAAGGUUGUGAGGCCUCUUUUGCAAGAAAGGACAAGGAAGAAAGUUCAGGUGCUGGCAGGUUCUGGAAGGGAUGAGUUAUUAAAGAUAAUGGAUUAUUCAUCUCUCCCACAUUUUUGUAAAAGAGAAGGAUCAGGAUCAUCUCGACAUUCUAGAAAUGGAACAAAUGAUGACUGUUUCUCAUUGGACCAUGCCUUCCAUCAACAGCUCUAUAGUUAUGUCAAGCAUCAAGCUGAGCUCAUGGAACCCACUACACCAAUAAAACAGGGGUCAUUCCAUGUGGAUUUCCCUGAGCCAAACCCAGCCGAUGCUAAGAUAGCUGAAACAUUACAAUCUGAGUUUCAGAGGCUUGGAAUUCAGAAUGGGCUUUCCAACUCGCCUGAUAACGUUAAUAUAAGCAUUGAUUGAAGAAGAAUGAAAGGAAAUAAACAUACGUGAAGCUGAUAUGAAAAUGUCUUGGUGGCCAAUUACCUCCAUAACAGCCAUUGAGCAAACCAUGCGGUUAAAUUAGGAAUGUAAUUUCAAUGGCUUGCGCGCUGCCUCAAUGCAUGCUUAGUAGGAAAAAGAUCAAGUUUUAGCUUUGACAUUACCACCUAUGAGUGCACGAUCUUAACCUUGAAAUGAGAGGAAGUAUAAGUUUUACACGUAUAUUUUUUGGCUUAUUGUAACGCAGCUUUUUCACUAUAGAUUUACAUUUAUGAUUUAUGGUUCUCUUCCAAAGGCCUUUUUUAAGGCAAGACCUGCCUGACAUAUAGGUUGGAUCCAUCACAGCUGCCACUUGAUCGUGGGGUCCAUCGCCAUUGUAGCAUUCACAGGGGUAGCCAUUGGACAAAUUGGCGUCAACCUGUCUUUAGUUGCCUUCCACACUCACUUCCUCCACCUCCCUAAGUUGUAGGUACUUGGAGUUUUUAAGGCC